AUGGAGAAGGGAGACAGCUCCUCGUGGGCUGCUCGUAACCCAGUUCGUCCCGUAAUACCUGCACGAAUGCGUCCCUCCCGUCGACCUCUCACAAUCGCCGAGCAAGAAUCCCACGCCAUCAAAAUGGCACAGAAGGUAGAGAAGAGGAAGAAGCUUCAAGACGCGAUCUCAGUAUUCAUUCAAGAUCAAUCAAACAGACUCCAUGAGCUGGCGGUCGCUCAUGACGUCUCCGACAAGCAAGUCAAGGACAUCCUGGGCCUCAAGACACAUUACCACAAAGAACGCCGCGCGCAAUUGCGCAAUGCCAUUGUGCAUGUCAAAUCAAAGGAACUUAACGAAGGUCGGCCCAGCGGGGACAAGUACAGCUUGGAGGAAAUCCAAAAUAUCAUCGAUAGCGACCCUGCAUACAAGCAGCUGUCAGCCGAGGAAGAACAGGACUACAUCGACCAGCUAAAUGAGUAUCGCGCCCUCAAGAUGAGUGGAGCUCGCGCAAACAACGUGUCAGCGGCUCGAGAUGCAGUCGCAGUGAUGGAUCGCAUCUCAAAGGAGCUUCAUGCACUCCGUGACCGAGCCGGCACAUACGCAACAGUUCUCAUGGUUCGGGGACAUGUCAAUGAUCAAGUUCAGUCAACAUGGAUCGCAACGGACAAUGCGCACGAAUUUUGGGAGGAUCGGAUGAGUCUUGCACUUGACGAUGUCGCACGUCAGUUCGAGGAAUGGGCCUGCAAUCAGAAGAAAAAUAUAUCUGAGCGUGAAGAUCUCGCCUCCCUGCAAAAGCAAGCCGCUGCGCUCAUGAUGAGCAAACUUCGACGCGCGACGGGAAGAAUGGACCUCACCAUGAAUUAUCAAAACUACGAGAAGGCUAUUGUCCUGGUCUAUGGAGUCAAGCUAGAUGGUUGGCCAGAGGGUCUCCCUUUCCUUGCACCUUCUCACAUGCACACCGUGCUUGAAGUGCGCACUCUUCGUGAUGCUUUGGUGACAGGCGCUUGUCAUUGGAAGAAGCUCAACCGACGUGAACUCGAGGACCUUCGCGUGGACAUUCAACGACGCUCGGAUGCAGGUGAGGUGGUAGGCACGGUACGCAAGAAGCGCUCGGAUGCAGGCAAGACGCGUAAGCGCAAAGCACCUGCUACUGAUGGUGCUACAGAUACCACCAUGGCCGACGGCGCUAAGAGGCCUCGGAGAUCACGCAGGGGCAAGCAGGUUGAGAGGCAGAAGCAAAGCAAAGCAACCAGUGUUGAAUUCAUCGAAGACAGCGACGAGGAGGUGUCUAAUGAGUAG